GUGACCCAGUAAACAAAGCCAAUAACACUUUUUCUCUUCAUUUCAUCCUUUCUCACACCUAUAAAUACCACUCACUCUUUCUCCACCAUUUUCAUUCACUUCAAACUCUUUAAUCAUUCAUUUCUCGUUCUUAAACCACCUUCUUAAUUUCUCUCUACCAAAUUAAAACCUACCUUCAAAAGAAAAAUGAGAAACAUAGCAACAACUUCAACUAGUUACUCAUUUACACCUUCUUCAUCACCUUCAAUGUCUCAUUCUUCAUGGCACUCGCCGAUUCCUUAUCUCUUCGGAGGCUUAGCAGCCAUGCUAGGCCUCAUAGCUUUCGCUCUCUUGAUUUUAGCUUGUUCUUACUGGAGACUCACUGGUCAGUUACAUGACGAAGAAAACAACAACGGAAAUAGUGAAAAAGAAGGUGAUAAUUCAAAUGAAAAAUCAGUUAAAGUUUAUGAAGAGAAAUUUCUUGUCAUUAUGGCUGGUGACCAGAACCCUACCUUUUUGGCUACUCCUGUUUUUCCUAAAUCGUCUUCUGUUAUGGAUCUAAAUUCCGACGAACAACUUCAGAAUCAUGAAACGGUUGAGAAAUCGGAGAAGGAAACGGAAACGGAAACGGAAGUUGCAGAGGAACGGAAUCAGCAACAGUGACUUGAUUCGAUUUGAUUUGCUUAAUUGCUGAUUGAUUUCGUCUAUCAUCUGGUUUAAUCUCUUAAUUUUGUUGGUUUGUUUUUGCAUGAUGAUUCCGAUGUGUAAAUUUAAGAUGAGAGGUGAAUUGGAAGUGAGUGAAAUUUUGUUGUAAUCUGAAAUUAAUUUUUCUUAAUCUUUAGUUUAGUGAAUGGUUUUGAGCUUAAGAAGAGUAA